GAAUUCUUGCUCAUGGGAUUCCCUGAUGCCCAGGGGCUCCAGAGCCUGUGUGCCACACUCUUCUUCCUCAUUUACCUGGCAGCCCUGACGGGGAACCUCCUCAUUAUCACCCUCACCACCAUGGACCACCAUCUCAGAUAUCCCAUGUACUUCUUCCUGAAGAAUCUGUCCUUGAUUGACAUCUGCUAUCUGUCUGUCACUGUGCCCAAAUCCCUCCUGAACUCUCUGGUCAGCAGCCACUCUAUCUCCUUCAUGGGAUGUGCCGCACAGGUUUUCCUCGUUAUGUGUUUUGCUGGCACGGAGUUUGCCCUCCUCCUGGUGAUGUCCUAUGAUCGCCAUGCUGCCAUCUGCCGCCCUCUGCACUACGAGGCCGUCAUGAGCAGAGGCGCCUGUGUGCGGAUGGUGACGGCGUCCUGGGUCAGUGGGUGCGGCUACGGAUCCCUUCACGCCACAGGAACCUUCUCUGUCCGCUUCUGUGGGCCUAACAUUGUGCACCAGUUCUUCUGUGAUGUUCCCUCACUGCUCACACUUGCUUGUUCUGGAGAGAAUGCCCUAGAAUACGCAAUUAUAAUUGGUAGCUGUGGUUUUGGUGUCAUAUGUUUUAUUUCAACAAUUGUGUCUUAUGUUCACAUUUUUUCUACUGUUUUAAGAAUCCCAUCUGCAAAGGGCAGAGCAAAAGCUUUUUCAACGUGCCUGCCCCACAUCAUUGUGGUGACAUUGUUCCUCUUUUCUGGGAUUAUUACAUAUUUAGCUAAAAACUUUAAAUCUUCAUCUUCCCUUAAAGUGAUUAUAUCUAUGCUUUACACUGUGUUCCCCCCGACCAUGAAUCCUGUCAUCUAUAGCCUGAGAAACCAGCACAUGCAGAUGGCAUUGGCCAGAAUGACAGCUGGAAAACUGUCCAGAAUAUAUUGUUUUGAUUUAUAUAUGUGA